AUGCCUCCCAAGAAGACCGAAGGUGCCUCUGCGGCCAAGCCCAAGGCGUCUCAUGCCUCGUACCAGGUUCGUUUCUCUUUGCUGUUCGACUUUUUUGGGGACAUGAUCACCCAUGCUAUUGUUUCGCUCAAGGACCGCAAUGGCUCUAGCCGGCAAUCGCUGAAGAAGUUCGUCAAGGCGAACAACAACCUGUCUGUCACGGACGCUAUGUUCGACUCGCUGUUCAACAAGGCCCUGCGCACCGGUGUCGAGAAGGGUGUCUUUGAGCAGCCCAAGGGCGCGUCUGGCGGCACCAAGCUGGCCAAGAAGGCCGCUGUCAAGAAGGAGGACAAGGUGAAGAAGCCUGCCGCCAAGAAGGUCGCGAAGAAGCCCGCCGCCAAGCCUGCGGCGAAGAAGGCCGCCCCCAAGAAGGAGGGCGAGAAGAAGAAGGCUGCUCCCAAGAAGGAUGCCGCUACUGCCAAGAAGGCUGCUCCCAAGAAGGACGCUGCUAACACGCUGCAGACUGCCGCUAAGCCCAAGGCUGCUGCUGGCAAGGUCACCAAGCCCGCUGCCAAGAAGGCCGCCGCACCGAAGAAGGCCGCGCCGAAGAAGGCAGCAGCAAAGAAGGCCGAGGCAUGA